AUGGAACUGUUUGAAACCAGCCCUUACUUUUUCCCAGAGCAAAGAUUUUUCGACAAUGAAAAUUAUUUUUCCACAAGGCUCCCCACUUAUGAUCAGACUGGAUUUCAAGAUCGUGGCUCCAUGGGUAUUUGCACUGAUGGUGUUAUACUGCAAGGGACAGGCAUUGAAGAAAAGGACCACUGCCCUGGUCAAUGCCUGCCAUGGGCCUGCAAAAUGUGCAAACGGAAGACAGUGUCUUUGGACAGAAGACGAGCAGCUACACUGAGGGAAAAACGCAGGUUGAAGAAAGUGAAUGAAGCUUUUGAAGCCUUAAAAAGAAGCACUUUGUUAAACCCUAACCAGAGACUUCCUAAAGUUGAGAUCUUGAGGAGUGCCAUCCAGUACAUAGAACGCCUGCAAGCUUUGCUGGCCUCCCUUAACCAGCAAGAGAGGGACCAAAGAGAUUUGCUAUACAUAACUAAUGGAGCUCAGCGUGUGGUAAGCAUCACUGUUUAUGGAAAAUUAAUGAUAUAG